ACUAUAGUUGAUGGAUUCGAGCUCGGGUGACACUGACAGUUCGAACUUUGUGUACAACUUGAUCGAUCUCCCUUCACCCCCGCAAGUGCCGCCAACUAAAAUACAGGGUGUUUCCGUUGAGGACAGAGUUGAUGCAUAUGAAUGUAGAAGCAACCUACUGGAGGUCCUAGAUACGAUGGGGGUUUCAAAGAGCCAUUCGCCACUGCAAACCAACGAAUAUCCCAUACAUCCCUCUCCAAGGAGGACAGUCACCACAAGAAUAUGGAAAAGUUCUCCUGCCGUUUCUAAGGUUGAAUCAGACUAUGAGACGAUGCUGCCACAAAUAGAAAAGCUGAACCUCAGCCAGUCCCCGAUCAAGAGACGACCCCUCCCUCGAGAACCUGACUACAGCGACCAACCCUCCUCUACCACCACUUCUACUGAAAGCCAUGCCUCACAACCAGGAAAAUAUGUCAUAUUCAAAGACAGAUCUAAACUUUUUAUGAGCUCUUCCUCGAGCAAAUACGAGGAGCCACUCUACGCCAGGAUCGACGAACUUUGGUCUGAGAAUGACCGGUCGACUGACUCCGGUUUUUCAGAUCGGCCUGAGGUGUACGGUAAUCCGAGCACUAUCCUGACUUCCGAUGAAGUCUCCCUCAUUUCAAGAUACCAGAGAGUUCUGAAAAACAGGACGAAGAAGUCCAGAUUCAGAAGGCUAUCAGAGUAUCUUCGUUGUGGAGGGAGUGUUUCUGAUGAAGAGGAUCAUAUUAGCGAGGAGAGCUUGUACGAUUCGCUUUUGUCAAGUGGAACCAGCUUCGCUUCCUUGACGGCCAGAUCCGGCGUCCACAGCCCCAGUCCCUCUGAAAUAACCGCAGACUCCUCAGUUUUUGAUUCUCCAACUUCCUCCAUCUCCAGUCCUGACGAUACCAUGGUCAGAUACUCAAAGAAACACUUCUUUUACACCCCCUCAAAACUGGAACUGGCGAGCCCAUCUGGUCACUCUGAGUAUGUUCUUCCAGAACAAUGGCAGAAAACCCCCACCACCAGACUCUCGAAGGAUCCUCUCUCAUUUUCAUCAGGAUCCUCUCCUCUGAAACCUCAGCGAAGACCACCGAGGUCGGUAAUGUCUCCGCUGGCUCUCAGCCAUGAUUAUGAGAACAUAAGAGAUUUUACUAAACGAAGAAAAGAAAAAUCCGAACAGGUUUCGUGACACAACAUGGACCGGUUCAUGUUUAAAGGUUUUUUGAAGUUUGCAGAGCUGACUUAAAUUCUGUGGGGCUAUUUUCUUCAACAUUUUGAUAGGUUUAAUUUAAAUUGACGAAUUUUGAUAAAUUACUUUAACCCUCCCAUUUUGCAAAUUUUGCUUUUGCACAUUAUGUGUACGAUAAACUGUAUAACAAUUGAUAAAUUUUACUUAUAUUAUUUAAUGCUAAAGUGUAAAUCCCGUUUUAAAAGAAUAAGGCAGACGUUUUGCAUAAAUUAUUGUUUUAUUAAUUUCAUUCUCA